UAGGAGAGGACAGCUGUAGCUCAGCCAUAGCCCAGAGUCUGAGGAAAUCAAGCUUUCACUUCACUUGAAAGAAAGAGAAGGAAGGGACCAAGGGCUUAGCACGGCCACAGACUGCAGCUGACCUCUUAUGGCUCCUCGGAGGCAGCGGAGGCACCACCGACAGCACCCAAAAUGCCCUGCACCUGCAGCGGCCCCCCAGGUGACCCCAGCCCCUCCGGCCUCCGGCCCCAGCAUCCACACACUUGGCUUCCUCUCCUUGGAGAGGAAUGUGCCUGGCCUGUCCCAGGUGAUCCUUCAGAAGCUGAACUUGAAGAGCUAUGAGGAAUACAAAGCAGUGGUGAAUGGGGGAAUCCCUGGGCCAGGCUUUGGGAUCUCUAGUCUCAGCGACAUGUUCCAGCGCCUGGAGGACACCUUCCAGUUCUGCGCCCGGUGCCGAGUCCUUCCUGACCAGCUGCCUGUCUCCGAGGUCCUCCGGCGCUGUAAGAGGUGCAGAAACGUCUAUUACUGUGGCCGCGAGUGCCAGCGAGCCGACUGGCCGCUACACAGGAAGGUCUGCUGGGAACUUGGUCUUGUGGCUGUUGACCGGCUCCUGGAGUGGCUGGUGGUCACAGGGGAUUUUUCUCUGCCUUCCGGGCCUUGGCCGUGGCCGCCAGGGGCUGUUCGGGACUGGGACACCUGGUUUUCGAUGUGGGGGUCGCACCUGGAUACCAUGCUCGACUCUGCGCUGGGCAGUCACGCGAUGUCCACCCUGUGGGACAGCGUGGGGCGGCCCCGGCCAGACCCGGAGAGUCUUCGAGGCUCCCUUCGGCGGCUCCUGACAGAUACCCUUUCUCAGCCCUUGACUUUGGGCUUGGGGCUCCGGGCCUUGGUAGGGAACAAUGGGAAGCCUGGAGGGACGACGGUGCACGUGGUCGGGGCUUCCCACGUGGAGACUUUCCUGAGCAGCCGCGGGGCCUAUGAGGAGUUCGCUCACAUGGUUCCGGGACACAUCGGUCUGCACGUGACCCUGGUCGGUGUGGACUUGGCGGAAGAGGCUCCCCCACAGGACGCCUCACCUUCCCCCUCUUCUCCUGGUAAAAUUCAGCUCAGCAGCUAUCGGGGCCUCUAUCACGACUUCUGGGAGGAAAAAAUAGAGACCGGCCGGGCAGUGUGGCCAGAUCUGGUGGUGGGGUUUCAUCCAGGUUUUCAUGCCGACCAAGACCUGAUGGCCGGCUGGCUGCCCACCCUGCUGUUGCUCCGGGAUUACGCGAUCCCCACCAUGUUCACUGUGUACAGCCAGCAGGAGCUGACCGCCUCUCUGCACAUCCUUGGCCAACUCGAGGCCAGAGUCGUGACUUACGGAGAGAACCCCUUUGCUUCCCUUAAACCCGAGCAAGCCUACUCCAACCCCAACAAGCCACCCGUGUACUGCAGCGCCUACUACAUCCUGUUUCGGGGCUCCUGCCACCAGUCGGAUGAAGAGGAUGCAGCCGGGAGGACGGAGAAUGGGAUUUAACGUGGGGUCUGUGCCAUCUUCUCUCAUCUCCUAACAGUCCUGGCAGGGACUCUGACGAUUCCCCUUUUAUACAUAACGAAAUUGCGGCAGCUGGAUGUCUGAGCUAGGGGCUUCCCUCCUGCACGCCCAGCGCUUUGUCCACCUUCUAGCGCCGUGUUCCGGGAUGCCUCCCUGCUCUCGGUUCUAGGUCCGCUUGUGAGGCUUCAGGCCUGGACCGGGAAACCUCCCUUCUGGGUUCUGAAGCCUCUCCUUCAGCCCUGUGGCCAGUUUUUGGAUCAGAUUGGCGCUUCUAUUGGGAGGGGGAACUCCGGGGGAGGAAACUCCUCCCAGCUCAGCUCUGCAGCUUAGAUGAUAGCCUGAAGCCUUACCAGUGAAGGCCCCUUCUCGGACUCACUAGGCCAGCCAGUAUGUGUGUUGGAUGGGGGACUUGGAUGUCAGGUCUCUCCUCCCAUCCUGUGAGGCUGGAAAAACUCCCUUCCACUAGGACCUCUCCGCCCUGCCAGUCAGUAGCAUGGCCUUUUCCAGCCUGUCCCCUCCCCUCCGCUUGCCCUCUCUUGUCUUUCUUGGGAUCAGGAUGGGCCUAGUUCUUCCUUCCAACAAAGCUGGGAAGGCUUCAUCCAUCCUCUCCUCCACUCUCCCAACAGCCAUCUUUCAAGGCCUUUUGGGAGAGGAUCAUGGUAGGACUCAAUCGAUAAAAUGUUGAUUGAGCUACACCGCAGUGGGCACAGAAUGCAGUGAAACAUUCGGGGAUGAACAUAUACACGAUUCCAGCCCCUGAGAAGUGUACCAUUUUAUAGUCUCAGACGUCCUAAUACAGUGAAUAGAAUAGAAAACGGGCAAACAAUGAAACAACACUUGGGGGAAGGGAUUUCAUGGAGCAAGUGACAUUUUAGUUGGGCUUUUUGAAGGAUGGGUAGCAUUUGGGAAGGCAUAGAUAAUGGCAAGGGCAUCCCAGAUGGAGAGAAUUAUAUGAGCUAAAGUGCAGAAAUGGGAUGAUCUAGACCAGGUAGAACAAGGAAUAAUCCAAAACCAUGGGAAAAUCAGAGCUAGAAGGUUCUUAACUGUUUGUUUCCCAGAGACCUUUGGCAUUCUGGUGAAGCUUAUUCUAUCUCAGAAUAAUUUUUUAAAACAAUUUUAGAAGGCACUAAAUUUAGGUUAGAGGUUAGUGAAAAUUAAGAUGUAAUUUUUUUCUCAUCCAAGUUCCUAGAUCCCCUGAAAAUUAUUCAUGGACUCCUUGUGGUGGGGGAAGAAGUCAUCUUCGAACUUUAAGUCAAGAAUCCCUGAUCCAAAUCACUUCAUUUUACAGAUGAAGAAACUGAGAUUCACAGGUUAAAUAACUUGUCCAAGAUUACACAAGUAAUGAGUAGUUAUGAUUGAAACCCAGGUCCUCUGACUCCAAAUCCAGUGUCUUUCCACUGUGCCAUUCUGUUUGGCUAGAACGUUACAGAGUAAGCCUAGAAACAUAGUGAAAAGUUAUUUUUCAUAUACUGAUUUAAUUCCUAUAUAUUAGGGGAAAUUACUGUGUAUUCCUGUAUCUGAAACCUGGGUCAGAGAUACCAUCCAGUCUGCUGUUUUCUGCAGUUUCUUUGUCUUUGGGAAUCCCAAAGAAUGCUUUUUUUUUUAACAGAAUUUGGUUAAUUAAUGAGAGAUGAGUCCUUGACCUGACACCUGUGAGGAUGGGAGAGGUAGAUAGGUGGAUAGACCAUCACUUAAUUAGUUAACACCAAUUAAAGAUGUCUUGGGCUAUUCAAAGUAGGGGCUGAAUAAUGAGCUCCUAAAAAUCUAUUUAUUGGGCUGCUUGAUCCAGCUCAGAUUGUCCCUUGGUAACAAGACCCAAGGAGAGAAACCUAUAUCACUUUAUGGGUUGUGAUGCAGGCCUAACUAGUGAACCUCAUAUAUCUAAUAAAUUUAUAUCCUUACCCCAAAA